AUGAAACCGCACGCGCUCCUCCUCGCAGCGACGGCCGCCGCGCGCCCCGUCGUCUGGUUCGACGGCGCCGAGGACGUGCCGAAGCGCGUGCGCCGGAGCCGCGCCGUCAGCGUCGGCGUCGCCUACCGCAGCGACGACGACGCGCCGGCGGCCGUGUGCCUCCACGACACCUGCGGCGGCGGCGACGACGCCUGCGUCGACGUCGUGGGCCCCGCGGCGACGUCGCAGCUCAACCACGGCUUCGGUCACUGCGCGCCGGGCGCCCACGCGCUCACCGUCUACGCGGCCGACGGCUCGUCGUCCGCGACGCUCGAAUUCGACGUCGCCGCGACCCCCAUGGUCGAGGCCGCCGUAUCGCAGACGGCCGUGACGACGAACGAUACGGCCCUCAUCACGGUCGCCGUCGCUGCGGACGGCCGGGGGGCCCUGGAGCUCUGCACGAUGAGCCCCUGCGGCGACUGGCUGCAUCAUCUCCACAACUUCCACUGCCGGCCCAUCCCAAAGACCGGCGAGACGGCCUUCGACGUCACGGUCGGCUUCGCCAACUGCGAGCCGGGCCAGCGGAGCGUGUCCGCGAUCGCGCUGCCGGCGGGCUACCUCGACGCCCACCCGACGACGCCCAUCACGGACCUCUGGCGCGUCGCGGGCCCGGGCGCCUACGACGAGGUCGUCUUCACCGUGGCGUGGGACGACGCGAGCGCCGCGAACCUCAACCAGCUCUACUUCGCGCCGGGCGACGCGCCGGGCGCCUACGACGCCGCGACCGCGUACACGACGGGCGGCCAGUUCAAGCAGGGCGGCGCGGGCGUCGCGUCGUCCUGGCGGCGCCAGGCCGACCUGCUCGGCGCGCUCUUCGGCGCGGGCGCCGACAUCGACGUGCUCGAGUUCGGGUGCGGGACCAUGGAGCUCGCCGCGUGGCUCGCGGGCUCGCGGGCGCCGCUCGUCGGCGACUACGCGUGCGUCGAGCCCAACGCCUACCUCACCGAGGCGGGCCGCGGCCGGGCGCGGCGCGGCGACGGGCCCCACUGGUCCGCCCUGCAGGCGCGGCUCGACCACGGCCAGGUGUUUUUGGCGCACAACGCGGCGUUUGCGCCCGCGCUCGCGCCGGGGUCCAGGGUCCACCUCGUCUACUCCCACUCCGUGCUCUCCCACGCGGGGAGCCGCACGCUCGACGCCUACCUUGAGGCGACGAGCGCCUUCCUGCACGACGACGGCAUCGCCGUCGCGUCGCGCUCCGCGUCGCUCUGCGUCUGCGCCGAGUGCGGCGGCGGCGACCGGCGCUACGCGGACGACUGCCUCAGCGACGGGUCCCUGGAGUGGGUCUACCCCUGGGUCUCCUGGCACUCGCCCGCGGGCCUGCGCGCCGCGGCGGCGAGGUUCGGCCUCGAGGUCCUCCACGUCGCCGACGACGUCGCCGGCGCGCUGCGGUCGGGCAUGAUGCAGGGCGGCCGCAUCGAGGGCGACUGGCACGAGUGGGUCGUCCUCGCGCGGCCGGGCAUGGGCCUCGACGCCGGCGCCCGGGCGCGGCUCCUCGCCUUUGGUCAUAACGCGCCCUAA